AUGUCGCGAAGCUUCCUGGUGGACUCGCUGAUCAGCAACAACUCGCCGCCCAGCUACCCGAUGCCGUACUACGGAGCCCAGUUGCCCAACUACAUGUUCAACUUUUUCAAUCUCGGGCUUGGCGCGUACCACCACCACCACCAUCAGCAGCAGCCGCAAGUCGCGAGGCCGGUCGCGAGACAACCCGGGCCCAUCGUUGGGUCGCCCGCGGCGACGGUCAAUGUUGGGCUUCACAGUACCACGAGCAACGUUGUUGGGUCACCCAUGCCCAGGUCCAGUCCGACUUCACCGAUUCACAGUGUGGCACGUAUUUCAGAAGCGCCAACGGCCCACCCGGAGCUAUCCCCGUCGCGGCACAGCAGCGGCAGCACAACGCCACCACCCCAUUCGCCAAACACCGAGAUCGGGGCGCUGAUAUCCGCGAGCUCGAAGCGCAUUCGCACGGCAUUCACGAGCACUCAGCUACUCGAACUAGAACGCGAGUUCGCGGCCAAUAUGUACCUCUCGCGGCUGCGGCGCAUCGAGAUAGCCACGAACCUGCGCCUGUCCGAGAAACAAGUCAAGAUCUGGUUCCAGAACCGGCGCGUCAAGUACAAGAAGGAGGACGGGCCGAGCGUCGGUGGCUCCAAGUGCUGCUGCCUGCGGACGUGCGGCAAGAAGCGGGAGUGCGAGGACGCGGCCAAGGCCAAGAGUGACGAGAGCGAGGACACGGAGGAGGACGAGAGGAAGCCCGCGCUGGUCUGGGCCCCGCAGGUGCACGACUUGUCGUCCAAGGGCUGCGGUAAGAGGCCAGUUGAGGAGGCGGUGGAGGCCAGCGAGCACAAGAGGCGGAAGCUCGACAGCCCAAACGUCGCUGGUGGGUUCAGGGCGCUCACAUGCACAAAGUACACGGUCGAGCAUAUCGUCAACUCGUGA